AUGCUGAUCAAAGACCUCCUCGUCGCGCUCUUGGGGCCCGCGACCACCUUCAAGCCCGGACCGACAGAACAGACGGAUUGCCUGGCAGCUGAAGCGCUACAGAAUGCGCGAGAUCUCCAGCAUGAGACCCGUAGCUAUGGACGUGAUCAAUCAAAUGGCUACGACGGAUCAACAUGUACACCAGAAAACCUUCUAGUGCGCCGCGAGUGGGAUGCCUUCUCGCGUGGGGAGAAGCUGGCCUACAUCGACGCCGUCAAGUGCUUGAUGAGUCUACCGGCGCAAAGCAGUGACUUCGCACCUGGAGCGCGCAAUAGAUGGGAUGACUGGUCCGCCGUACACAUCAACCAAACUCUAUCAAUACACGGAACAGCAAGUCCCCUUAACUCACCCGGAUGAUCCAUUGUAACAGUUUUAGGGCAACUUCCUCCAUUGGCAUCGCUACUUCACCUUCCUCUUCGAGCGCGCGUUGCGCAACGAAUGUGGCUACACCGGUCUCCAACCCUACCUCAACUGGCCUCGCUACGCCCACGACCUACACAACGCCCCCGUAUUCGAUGGCUCCGACACCUCGCUGGGCAAUAAUGGCGCGUACGACCCCAAACACAACGGCACCAAUAUCCCCAGCAACGCAUUCCCCUACAUCACCCUCCCUGCCGAAGGAGGAGGCGGCUGCAUCACCUCCGGUCCCUUCGCCAACACCACCGUCCGCCUAGGCUCCGUCGCCCCAGCCCUAAGCGACGUUCCCGCAAACCCCCUCGCCAACGGUCUAGGAUACAACCCCCGGUGCAUCCGUCGCGACAUCUCAGGCACCGCAGCAAAACAGUACCUCACAGACACUUCCGUCUACACCCUCCUCACCACCUCACCCAACAUCUCCUCCUUCCAGACUACCCUCCAGGGAGAUUUCCCCAACGGCUACCUCGGAAUCCACACAGCGGGACACUGCGGCGUCGGAGGCGAUCCGGGCGGCGAUCUCUUCGCUUCAACCGGCGACCCAUACUUCUUCCUGCAUCACGCGGCCAUCGAUCGGGCAUGGUGGAUCUGGCAGAACUUGGAACCGAAUGGGACGAGAUAUCGGGAGAUCGCGGGGACAUUGACGACGAUGAAUACUCCGCCUAGUAGGAAUACGAGCCUGGAGGAUUGGUUGGACAUGGGCCCGCUGGGAGACAGUAUCCGGAUAGCAGAGGGCGUGGACACGUUGAAGGGACCGUAUUGCUAUGUGUACGAGUAG